UUCAGUAUGAAAAGUAGAAACUAGCAACUUUUAGCUUUGGAGCACUGAAAACCCUGUCUUCUCCGCGUUUCUCUCUCUGUCUCGCCGGCGACGCGAAGACCAAGAUCCCGGCGAUCAGAUUUCCGGAAAUGGAUAUUCGCUUCUCAAGAUUAGCGGUUUUGCUUUUGUUCCUCCUUUCUUGGAACGGCUUCACCCCCACAGAGGCCUAUGAUGCCCUUGACCCAAAUGGCAAUAUUACAAUCAAAUGGGAUGUCAUGAGCUGGACUCCUGAUGGCUAUGUGGCCGUUGUAACGAUGUACAACUUCCAACAGUACCGUCACAUACAGGCGCCCGGGUGGCAAUUGGGAUGGACUUGGGCUAAGAAGGAAGUUAUAUGGAGCAUGUUGGGUGGUCAAUCCACCGAACAAGGAGAUUGUUCAAAAUUCAAGGGCAAUAUCCCUCACUGCUGCAAGAAAAGCCCGACUAUCGUUGACUUAUUACCGGGCACUCCUUAUAACCAGCAGAUAGCAAAUUGCUGCAAGGGCGGGGUCAUAAACUCGUGGGCUCAAGACCCUGCUACCGCCUCUGCCUCAUUUCAGAUUAGUGUUGGCCAAGCUGGAACAAGUAAUAAGACGGUUAGGGUUCCUAGGAAUUUCACUUUGAAGGCUCCAGGUCCCGGUUACACUUGUGGGCCAGCCAAAAUUGUUAAGCCUAGCAGAUUCAUCACUGCCGAUAAUCGAAGAUUUACUCAAGCUUUGAUGACAUGGAAUGUGACAUGUACAUAUUCGCAGUUCCUGGCUCAGAAAACCCCAACUUGUUGUGUCUCCCUCUCGUCUUUCUACAACGACACGAUAGUAUCGUGCCCAACUUGUGCCUGCGGGUGUCGAAACACUACUGCCCCGGAUACAUGCGUGGACCCGAAUAUAGCUUCAGUCAUACCAGCUCCUUCGGGGAAGAACAAUCUCGCACCGCUUGUCCAAUGUACGCAACAUAUGUGUCCGAUCAGAGUUCACUGGCACAUAAAGGUUAACUACAAAGAGUACUGGAGAGUGAAGGUCACCAUUACUAACUUCAACUACAACAUGAACUACACUCAGUGGAACUUGGUUGUUCAGCAUCCCAAUUUCGACAAUCUCACUCAGAUCUUCAGCUUCAAUUACAAACCCCUUACUCCAUACACUAACAUAAAUGACACAGCCAUGCUUUGGGGAAUAAAGUUCUACAACGACCUGCUGAGCCAGGCUGGUCCGCUAGGCAACGUACAGUCAGAGCUUCUCUUCCGAAAGAACCCUUCCACAUUCACUUUCGAAAAAGGUUGGGCCUUUCCCCGACGAGUCUACUUCAAUGGCGAUAACUGUGUCAUGCCACCUCCCGACGCCUACCCGUGGUUCCCCAACGCCAGUCCGCGCCUUGUAACUUCCCGGAUUUGGGUUUUGUCUGAAACGAUGAGAGGGUAUAAACAGCUUGAGGAAGAUGAAGAUGUCUGAAUCGGUUUGUCUCAUGAAGAGCCUUUUAGACAUUUCUCCCAUGAACCAAACUUGGAGCUGAAGUUACCUCCUCCUCGGCUCUCUGCAUACUCAGCCAU